AUGGGUCAAUCACGGGAAGUGACCACCGAUGAAAAUGUGGCCAGAAUUAGGGAACUGCUACAAGAAUAUCCGCGAAUAACGCUAUUACAGAUGGCUUAUAUACUGAAUAUCUUAAACGAGAGAGUACAUCAUAUUCUGCACAAUUAUAGCAACGCAAGACAUAUUUGUAUCAAAUGGGUACACCACUUGUUGUCGGCCGACCAAAUGGCUACUCGUGUUAAGAUCUGCCGGGAGAAUCUGAAGAUUUUUGAAAAUGGCGGCAAUCACUUUAUUUAUCGAUUAGUGACUGGUGACGCAACAUAUGUGUACUUUUAUCACAAAUUAAACAGUAAAAAAGCAAAGUUAUGGGUCAUAGAAGAUGAAGAGAUCCCGAAGUUGGCCAAACGUGAAGUGCAUGUAAAGAAGAUAAUCUACGCCAUAUUUUUUCGUUCGACUAGUAUUGUGAAAAUUUUCAAAUUGGGAAAUGGAUAUAAGGUUACCACCGACUGGUAUGUGAAAAAAUGGUUGUCUAAAGUCUUUGAAUCUAUCAAUGAGGAUCGCCCGAAGUCUGGACUAACUGGCAUUAUAAUGUAUCACGAUAAUGCCAAGUCUCACAAAACAUUGGUAACAACCCGAUAUCUCGAUGACAAUGGUGUUCAACUUUUAACACGCCCACCUUACAGUCCUGAUCUGUCUCCAGCUAAUUUUUGGCUUUUUAAAAAUCUCAAGAAACACCUAAGAGGAACGGUAUUUAAUAGCAAAAUUGAUAUUGACAACGCUUUUGAGUCAUUUUGGGAGACCUAA